GUUUUCCAAACAACUGCUGUUGGCCUUGGCCAAUCAACCUGUGUAGGGAUCGGUGGUGAUCCUUUCAAUGGUACAAACUUUGUUGAUUGCUUAGAGAAAUUUAUUGCUGAUCCACAGACAGAAGGUAUUGUUCUUAUUGGUGAGAUCGGUGGCACAGCAGAAGAAGAUGCUGCAGCCCUCAUAAAGGAAAGUGGAACUCAAAAGCCUGUAGUUGCUUUUAUCGCUGGAUUGACUGCUCCCCCUGGACGACGAAUGGGUCACGCGGGAGCUAUUGUAUCAGGGGGAAAGGGAACAGCACAAGACAAAAUCAAGGCACUAAAAGAAGCUGGAGUUACAGUGUGUGAAUCUCCAGCGAAAAUUGGAGUCUCAAUGCUCGAAGUGUUCAAACAGAGGGGUCUCGUAUAAGCUUUGUGGCAUAACGUUUACGUUUGGAAAUUGUUUUUGCUUGUUCGUUCAUGGGCACGCGCAAAAUUAUGAUGCCUCGUUAUCCACCAUAACCCAUUUUUGGCAGAAAAUAACAAAGAGAAUUUGAUGGAUACGAAAUAUUAUCCAAGAAACCGCGAUAGUUUGUCGUUAUUUUGGUUUGAAUUUUCAUGUUUAUGACAAGAUGUUGCAACAAUGCAAUAUACAUACACAUUUAUAUUGAGACAUGAGAUUGUGCUUUUGGACCAGAUCAAAUUCAUAAUCAAAAGGCCUGUUAUUGUCC